GCUACUGCUAGCAUAGCCCUGCCCGCUCUACGGGAAGGAGGAACAUCUGUUGAUAACGGCUAUGCUAAAAUUUUGACGCUGCUUGACCCGAUUUGCAAACUCGCUAGCUUAUCGUGUAAACAACAAGGCCAAUUGUUGUCCAAUUUACCCACUGUAUGACCAAAGUGCUGCAGUCAACGUUAUGCCUAAACUAUAUUUAGGGAUCAGGUUGUAUUCUUAGCAUUAGCCUGUGCCAAAUCCCAAUUCCGAUUGGCAGACAUGGAGGCUCGGGGGAUUGAGGACAUGUUUGACUUUCGUCGGUUUCCCAAAGAUGCAGCAGUUCUCCUACUGUUGCUGAUUUACUUUCCAGUUGGCAUUUGUUUGAUGUUAAUACGGAUUUUUAUCGGUGUUCACGUUUUCCUGGUCAGCUGUGCACUGCCAGAAAGUUUUGUUCGAAGAUUUAUUGUGAGAGUUAUGUGUUCUGUCCUGGGGAUGCACGUGAGACAGAAAAAUCUUCGCUCCAGGGACAAAAACACCAAGCUGUACAUAUGCAAUCAUGUGACAGAGUUUGACCACAACAUAAUCAACCUUCUGACUUCCUGCAAUACUCCCCAGUUAGAGGGCUCCACAGGCUUUGUUUGUUGGGCCAGAGGCUUCAUGGAAAUCCAUUCAGCAUCUGGCCAGGUUGUGAUAGGAGAGUCUCUUCAGAGGUACUGCUCGACUGAAGGCACCUCACCUUUGUUACUUUUUCCUGAAGAGGACACCACAAACGGCCGUGCUGGUCUACUCAAGUUCAGUUCCUGGCCGUUCUCACUGACUGACUCCAUCCAACCUGUGGCCUUACGGGUGACCAGACCAUUGGUUUCUUUGAGCACACCAGAGUCCAGUUGGCUGACGGAGCUCCUGUGGACAUUUUUUGUUCCGUGUACAGUGUAUCAUGUAAGUUGGCUCCCACCAGUGUCCAGACAAGAUGGCGAGUCCACACAGGAGUUUGCCAACAAAGUCCAGGAGUUACUUGCUUGUGAACUUGGAUUAGUUUCCACUAAGAUCACUAAAGCUGAUAAAGCAGAGCACAUUAAGAGGAAAAGACAUUCUGUACCCCAAACAGCUACAAGUGCCACACCUGGCUCUAUUGGGCUGGGGUUCAUGGUCCAGAGUUUGGGCACAGAUGAUCAUCGGAUUGCAAAGAUGGCCCAGCAGGUGAAGGACGUGCUGCCUCAUGUCCCACUGAAUGUCAUUAUAAAGGAACUAGCUAAAACAAACUGUGUUGACACCGCCAUCACAAAUCUGCUAGAGAACAAGGAUGAAUCCACAAUGGAAGAAACGGGGAUGUCAGCAUUUGGGGCCUCGAAGAUCAGCUCAUUUUCUUCUGGUUCUGCUCCAACCAUAAAGCCUGCUGCCAAAACGUUUGGAAAAUCCCCUGCUGACAGACACUUGUCCCUUCAAGAAAGAAAAGAAGCGCUAUAUAAUUUUGCACGAAGGCGUUACAUUGAAAAGCACGGACUGGAUCAGGACGAUCACUGAACACACCUCGGGUCAAGCCAUUGUUGAAAACUGGUCAGAAAGAAGCAUAUUCAACCUGCAUAGCUGUCUAAUUUGAACAGUGAUUUUUAUAUUCUCUCAACUGUUUCUGUUGGAAAAUGCAGAUUUUGUUAUUUGCAAAUAGCAGCAAGUAUUGAGAACAUGUUCACAUUCAUGGAAUGGUGAUUAUGCAUGUGUUUAAUUCUUCAUUCUGGCUGAUUCAUAAUUUUGAUAACAGUUUGUAUAACAAUCCACUGACUGUGAAUCAUCUAUUUAUUUUUAUAAUGUCCAGAGUUGUUGAUGAAAAUAAAGUUGAGCUUGACCUUG